AUGUAUGCCAAGUGUGGCUGCCUGGAGAUGGCUUGUGGAUUGUUUGACAGUAUUGUAAAGAAAAAUUUAGUGUCGUGGAAUGUGAUGAUAAUGGGAUUGGCCAUUCAUGGGAAAGCUUCUGAGUGCCUUGAGCUCUUCUCCAAGAUGUUGAAAGAUGGUCCGAGACCAAACAGCUUGACCUUUGUCGGGGUCUUGUCAGCGUGUGCUCAUGCUGGUUGGUUAAAAGAAGGAAAGGAGUAUUUUGAUAAGAUGACCAGAGUUUAUGGAAUUGCUGUUCGAGCUGAGCAUUGCUCUUGUAUGGUCCAUCUCAUGGGACAGGCAGGACUUCUGACCGAGGCCUUUGAGUUCAUCAGAGAAUCCCCUGUGGAACCUGAUGUCGCUACCUGGGGAGCUCUUUUAAGCGCUUGUAGGGUCCAUGGCUGUGCUGAACUUGGAAAGUUUGUUGGGGAGAGGAUCCUUGAGUUGGAUCCAUCUCACAGUGGAGCUUAUGUUCAGCUAUCAAGUAUGUUUGCUGCGCCGGUAAGUGGAGGGAAGUUCUGGAAAUCAGGAAGGAAAUGA